UCGCGAGAGUUGGCGGGUGUAUGUGCGGGCUGCGGGCGGAAGUGCAGCCUUUUCUUGCGGCGGCGCGGCGUGGCGAGGAUGAAGCUGAACAUCUCUUUCCCAGCCACUGGCUGCCAGAAACUCAUUGAAGUGGAUGAUGAGCGCAAGCUGAGAACAUUCUAUGAGAAACGGAUGGCCACGGAGGUCGCGGCUGAUUCUCUCGGUGAGGAGUGGAAGGGCUAUGUUGUCCGGAUCAGCGGUGGCAAUGACAAACAAGGCUUCCCCAUGAAGCAAGGUGUCCUGACUCAUGGACGUGUCCGCCUUCUGCUCAGCAAGGGCCACUCCUGCUAUCGCCCCAGAAGAACCGGAGAGAGAAAACGCAAAUCUGUUCGCGGUUGCAUCGUUGAUGCCAACUUGAGUGUUCUGAACUUGGUCAUAGUGAAAAAGGGUGAAAAGGAUAUUCCUGGGCUGACAGACACGACUGUGCCCCGUCGUCUUGGGCCCAAGAGGGCUAGCAGAAUCCGCAAGCUGUUCAACCUGUCUAAGGAGGAUGAUGUUCGCCAGUAUGUUGUGAGGAAGCCUCUGAACAAAGAGGGCAAGAAACCCAGAACCAAGGCUCCUAAGAUCCAGCGACUAGUGACUCCUCGAGUUCUGCAACAUAAGCGCAGACGUAUUGCUCUGAAGAAGCAGCGGACUCAAAAGAAUAAGGAGGAAGCAGCAGAAUAUGCAAAGCUCUUGGCCAAGAGAAUGAAGGAAGCCAAAGAGAAACGUCAGGAGCAGAUUGCAAAGAGACGCCGGCUUUCUUCAUUGAGAGCUUCUACAUCUAAGUCUGAGUCAAGUCAGAAGUAAAGAUGUACAUGAUACUAAAAAUAAACCCUUUUUGUGGUUAACUUUCA